CGCUCGUACUCUCCCACCCCAACUCCACUCUCCUUCAUCCUUCUCCUUCCUUUACGUCUACCUUCCUCUUUGUAAGAUUUCCGAGUGGAGGACCCAAAACAAAAUGGAAAUAAAGCUCCAAUCUCCAUUCCUUCCCCUCCUCCUCUGUCUCCUCCUUCCUUCCAUCUCGGCCGUCGAUUUCAACGACAGCAACGGCGGCAAGCGGACGUACAUCGUCCGCGUGGACCGCGACGCCAAGCCGUCCAUCUUCCCCACCCACGCCCACUGGUAUGAGACCACCGUCGACGCCGUCUCCGCCUCCGCAGACGGCGCCGCUGCCGACUGGACCCCCGGCGGCCCUAUCAUCCACACCUACUCCUCCGUUUUCCACGGCUUCUCCGCCCGCCUCUCCCCUGCCGCCGCCACCUCCCUCUCCUCCAUCCGCGGCGUCGUCGCCGUACUCCCGGAACAAGUCCGCCGCCCCCUCACCACCCGCUCCCCUCGCUUCCUUGGCCUCCUCUCCUCAGACCGCUCCGGCCUCCUCGCCGAGACCGACUUCGGCUCCGACCUCGUCGUCGGCGUGAUAGAUACGGGCAUCUGGCCCGAGCGUCGGAGCUUCUCCGACCACGGCCUCGGCCCCGUCCCCCCCAAGUGGAAGGGCGCCUGCGUCGCCGGCGCCGCCUUCCCUGCCACUGCCUGCAACCGCAAGCUUGUCGGUGCGCGCUACUUCUCCGGCGGCUAUGAGGCCACCAGUGGCCACAUGAAUGAGUCCGCCGAGCUCCGCUCCCCGCGCGACACCGACGGCCACGGCACCCACACCGCCUCCAUCGCCGCCGGCCGCUACGUCUUCCCGGCCUCCACCCUCGGCUACGCCCGCGGCGUCGCAGCCGGCAUGGCGCCCAAGGCCCGACUCGCCGCCUACAAGGUCUGCUGGGCCGCCGGCUGCUUCGACUCCGACAUCCUCGCCGCCUUCGACGCCGCCGUCGCCGACGGCGUCGACGUCGUGUCCCUCUCCGUCGGAGGCGUGGUUGUGCCCUACUACCUCGACGCCAUCGCCGUCGGUGCCUUCGCAGCCGCCGAGGCCGGGAUCUUCGUAUCCGCCUCCGCCGGCAACGGCGGCCCCGGGGGGCUCACUGUCACCAAUGUCGCCCCUUGGGUCACCACCGUCGGCGCCGGUUCCAUGGACCGCGACUUCCCCGCCGACGUCAAGCUCGGCAACGGCCGGAUCCUCCCCGGCGUCAGCGUCUACGGCGGCCCCGCCCUUGCCCCCGGCCGCCUCUACCCGCUGAUCUACGCAUCCGCCGCUCUCGGCAGCGCCGGAGGGGGAGCCGGAGACGGGUACUCCUCCUCCCUCUGCCUCGAGGGCUCGCUUGACCCCAACGCCGUCCGCGGCAAGAUCGUCGUCUGCGACCGUGGCAUCAACUCCCGCGCCGCCAAAGGCGAGGUCGUCCGCAAGGCCGGCGGCGUCGGAAUGAUCCUCGCCAAUGGCGUCUUCGAUGGCGAGGGCCUCGUCGCCGACUGCCACGUCCUCCCCGCCACGGCCGUCGGCGCCGCCGCCGGCGACGAGAUCCGCAAGUACAUCGCCGCCGCAACCCCCCACUCGCCGCCCACCGCGACCAUCCUCUUCCGCGGGACCCGCCUCGGUGUCCGGCCGGCGCCGGUGGUGGCUUCCUUCUCUGCCCGCGGGCCCAACCCCCAGUCGCCCGAGAUCCUGAAGCCGGACCUCAUAGCCCCGGGGCUCAACAUCCUGGCAGCGUGGCCGGACAGCGUGGGCCCCGCGGGGAUCCCAUCGGACCGUCGGCGGACGGAGUUCAACAUCCUGUCCGGUACGUCCAUGGCGUGCCCCCACGUGUCCGGUCUCGCCGCGCUGCUCAAGGCGGCGCACCCGGAGUGGAGCCCGGCGGCGAUCAAAUCAGCGUUGAUGACCACUGCCUACACCAAGGAUAACAAGAAGAUGACAAUGCUGGACGAGUCCACCGGGAAUUCAUCCGAUGUGUUCGACUUCGGUUCCGGCCAUGUCGACCCCCAGCGAGCACUGGACCCGGGGCUAGUCUACGACAUCUCCACAAUGGAUUACGUGAAUUUCCUCUGUAACUUGAAUUAUACCCGACAGAACAUCAGGGCGGUCACGAGGCGGGCGGCGGACUGCAGCCGCGCAAGGAAGGCCGGGCAUCCCGGGAAUUUGAACUACCCAUCAUUCGCGGCGGUGUUCGUCGAUGACGGAAGUGGGAAGAGGAGGUCGACGCACUUCAUAAGAACGCUGACGAACGUCGGGAAUGGCAGGGCGGUGUAUCGGGCAUCGGUGAGGGGGCCGGAGGGGAGCACGGUGGCGGUGGAGCCGGAGGAGCUCGCUUUUCGGAGGACAGGGCAGAAGCUGAGCUUCGUGCUGAGGGUGAAGGCAGCGGCGAUGGAGAGGCUGCCGCCGGGGAGCUCAAGUGUGAGGACCGGCGCGCUGACAUGGAGCGACGGGAGGCACGUCGUUAGGAGCCCAAUUGUGAUCACAAUGCAGGCACCUAUGUGAUGGCACCGGAAGCAAAGAGCAGCACACAACUUUGUUGAAACCCCUAGCUCAGGGAUUUAGAAAAGUUCUAAGAACUAGAGGUUUUUUUGUUCCUUCCUCCUCCUAUGCCCUUGGUGCUGAGGUUGAGAUGAAGGGCUUUAAAAAGGUUAUUUAGUAUGUAUAUGUACUAAUAAUAUUGAGAGCUGUGGCUUCUGGCUUGGAAGAGAGCAUGAGAGCACUGUGGAUGUUUAAACAUUGAAGGGAAUGAUGCAGCAAGCAAGCGUUUGAGAAGAGACAGAGGGAAAGAGGAUGGGUUGUGGGGUGUUAUGUUUCUUGGUGCCAUGUAUUUGUUUUAUUUAUCACAGUGUCUUUGUAUUUUAUCUUGCUUUGGAUGCA